AGUUCGUCCAUACGAAUGCGACAUUUGAUUGUCAAAUCACGCGCUGUCUCGUGGUGUUGUCCCACUCGCUUUCGCAUUAUACAUUCUCGAAGAGAUGCUUUUGAGCCAUGUUGCAUUACCAUAAUGCUCCUGUCCUACCGCUGCGGUAAUGACAAUAUAGGGGGAUGGAUCAACCUGAUGCUUCUGACACAGCACUGGCCACACCGGGAACGGUGUACUGUCUGUUCACGACAUCUCCUUGUGCUCUGUCCGUUCUUGUGCUCCUUCUGGGCGCUGUGGGCAUCAUCGUAUUUUCCGUUUUCUUCGAACCCAAAGACCUGCAAACCACCGACUGCAACUCAAUGUCUUGCCGCCGACUAUCAGCCGUGCUACGCAGAGGCCUCACUUCCAAUACUACUCCUUGCGAUGACUUCUACCAGUUCGUCUGCGGUGCUAAGGGCGACGUCCCUGUCGAGACCAACUUCUUCUCAACUGUUCGAGAUGUCAUUUCUCAUGGGAACGUCUCGAAGAGCCGUGACUCUGUUUUGCGAAAGAGUGCCGCAUUGUACCAGGCGUGCCUGAACGUCAGACGCCAUGCUGGAAGGGAUGCCAGACGCUUGCUGCAGUUCUUAAAGCAAAAACGACUUCGACUGAUGGUGGACUCUGAUGUCGACCCAUUGGAAGCUGCCUUGACACUUGACCUUCGAUACGGCAUUAAGACAUUAUUCGAUAUGAAGGUUCAGGGCGGAUUGCUCGUAGUACAGAAGAGAUCAGAUCUCGAUGCCUGGAUUGAAGAAAAGAACAUAAUGGUUGUCAAGAACACUUACAUGUCCUAUAUGGAAAACGCAUUCAAGGUUAUGGACGUGAACGAUCGCGUUCAGGCGAGCGCCUUGGUGGACUCCGUCCUGACGACCGAGGACCUCGUCCUUACUCUUCACUCCAAGACUGCGCCAGGAGACAGACUGAGGAAGGUAUUUCUUAGCAAUGUGACGAAUUCACGUUUCUUGAGACAAGACCAGUGGAAGGCGUACCUUUCCAAGAACUUCGAACGUGUCGUUCUCUCUGGACAACCGAUGCAGAAAUACCUUGAAGCCAUUUUUGCGCAGGUACCUUUGUCCUCGCUCACGCUGUAUGUCAUAUGGGAGGUCGUGCGUCAAUUUGGACCUUUCUUCGACGUAAGGCUUAUACAGCCCGACGAAAUCCUUGCGGUUACUGAAGGUCGCUGUUUCAGAACGGUCCUGCAGUUCAUGGAAGUACCUGCCGUGGCGUCAAUACUUGCCGAGCACGUGACCGUGAAGUCUAUCGAGUCGGCGCAGACAAUGGCUGUUGCGGUUCUCAAGUCUCUGUCGCAGGCGUCGAAGUGGUCCUGGUUGGAAGACGUGUCCGUCAGUAUCGCGAAUCCCGAGAAGAUCGUCUUCGCUGCGGAUCUUCAAGGCACGUUGAGCGUCAUCGGAGACGUCCAUGCAGCCUUCGGGACUGUCUACCUUCGAGCACUUGCCUCUAUGCGCCAGAAGGACUUGGAUAUUCUCGAUGGUGCGAAAGAUGGACCGACAAUAACUGAACUGCUCGGCGUCGACGUCUUCUACAAGCACAGUGACAGUGUCAUGGAAAUCCCGACAUCUCUCCUGCUACCACCGUACUUCGCGGUGGACGGUCCGAAAGCCUUGAACUUUGCCGGCCUCGGAGCGAUCAUCGUCCGGGGUGUAAUGCGAAGGCUACUGCGCGGUCGGAUCAACGCAUCAUUGACGUCUUGCCUGAAGCGAACGGCUGGAGAAGAACUGACUAGCGACGUCCUUGCGAACUCUAUCUAUCUGGACGCCUUAUUUGGGGCGUUUCGAACGACUAUCCCAAGCGUACGGCUUCUAGAAGGCACAGGGUCGCAUUGGCAGGAAGCAUUGUUCUUCAUCGCGUUCUGUCGCCCAUGGUGUCUUGCAGAUGACGCGGCUCCGUUGUCGUGUAAUCUCCCUGUGAUGAAUUCCGUAGAGUUUGCGCAUGCAUUCGACUGCCCUGAGGGUUCGCCGAUGGCCCCAAUAUACAGGUGCUCAGGAAAAAGCGCGCAGCCUUCCCUGGUGCCCCAUUAGAUCUUUCGAAUCUUUAUGCACCGUAUAGCGCGUGUCCUUAUAAGCGAAUGUAUUUUAGAUGGCGCUGAAGUAACAAAUAGUGUUCCCAUAUAUAGAAAUCGCAGCAUGGUAAUUGCUUCCCUGGAAAUAAAUGUCUUGUUCAUACUGACA